AUGGACGCCACCGUGGAGGGCCCACCACCGCCGCCUCCUGCCAGCAAUCUGCCCCCGGAGCUCCGCACGUCCGACGCUACAAUCACGCAACAUCCGCCCGCUGCUCCAGCUUCUUGGGGAGGAGCAGAAGGAGGAACAGGAGAAGGCGGAGGAAGAGGAAGGGCAGGWUCGGAUUACACGGGGAGUGACGGGUACGACACGCAAGAAGGGGAUGACUCGCCGAGAGCAUGGGCGCCGAUCACAGAAGAUCUGACAGUGCCGUGCGAAGACGAGCUGGAGUUCCUUGUUAGCAAGGGGGAGCGGAGCGCGCUCGACCACGAAUACUGGGAGAAAGAGAUGUCCUUCGAUGUAGAAGAUCCAGAGCUGGUCCCAGGAGAGAGCGGACGCAUUGAUUGGCUUGUGGAGGCCUUCAACGGCACAGAGGACAACCCCAACAAUGAGGAGAUCAUGCGCUCUCCAGUCGUCCGUGUUGGCGGCUUGGACUGGCAGAUCAAGUUUCACCCCAAGGGUCACGGCUCGAAGUAUCUCAGUGUGUAUCUCGAGUGCAUCAGCAUGCUCGAGUCAGACUAUGCCGAGACGGAAGAGUUCCACCACCCACCUUUCCCUUUUCUGAAGGACGCCAGCCAGAUCCGCAAGCGCCGCUCAGUUGCUGCACAGUUCUUGGUCGUCAUGUACAACCCCGAGGAGCCCAGGGUGUAUGAACACCGAUCCGAGGCCCAUCAAUUCCACAAGAAGCAAGCCGACUAUGGAUGGGUCUACUUCAGCAAGUAUCCGCGCGGCGAGUUCCACAUCAGGCAGCACACUCAGCGUCAGGCCAUACUACGCAACGACAAGCUUGCAUUCAAGGCGUAUGUCCGAAUCAUUGAGGAUCCCACCGGCAGCAAGUGGGAGCACAGCGCGCAACGUGGUGCUUCGGAUCAGAUCGUUUCUGUUACAGGCCUCAGACCCUUCAGAAAGUCGUCACAAUACGUUGCUGGCGCGGUUCCGCUCCUCCACUUUGCACCCUUUCGCAGACUCGUCCAUGAAAUGCCGGCUGACACGCAGUUAGCAGAAUGGCUGCAACCGCUGUUGCUCAAGAUGUAUAGCCGCCAGCGAUCUUCAACCCAUAACGCGCGCGGAACUUAUCACGAAGGCGAUGUGAUGGAGAUGAUGUGGAAGAUGUCYGCUCUUUUCAACUCUGAAAACGACCCUGCACUUGUGCAGCAGUGGCAAGAAAUUGUGGGCGUGUUCGACCUGGAGAGAGGCUCGGCAUGCGGUGUGAGUCGACUCAACACCAAGGAGUACGUGACCAUCCAGGAUGCAGUGGACCACCACCCGAAGACCAUCGUAUGUCCACAGCUAUUGACCAUGGAACUUACACGCCAGGAGCAUGACAAGAAAACACGCAAAUGGAAAAAGAUCWCUAACAGUGUCCGCCUUAAUGAUCAUAUUCAAGUCAAUGGGUCUCAAUACACGCUGUUUGCCUUCAUCACUCACUGUGGGCAUCUCAUGUCUUCAAAAUACAACACUUAUGUGAGACCAAAUGGCGUCGGAAAGGGAUGGUACGGCUACCAUGACGGGCUCGUAACUCGUCUCACAGAGAAGCAGGCUCGUGAUCGCUACUUUGGAUCUGAUCUCGAUGACCGCGGUAGAUCGAGGAGUCCGCAUGACGGCUACGAUUCUGUGUUCAGCAACUUUCAUGAGACUAAAGAAAACGAGGUUCCUUCAAUCGUCAUGUAUGUGCGCGACGAUGUUGCGGUCGACACAUUCAACGCGGCUCCCAUUGAGAAUUUUGUGGUUCCCAGGGCGGCGGGUGCCGCCACCCCGGAGCCGGAUGGCAUGAACGUUGGAGAUGCGAUYAUGCGCGACGCUGAUGAGGGAUCGAUCAUCGAGGACGACCCGACUGAUGGAACGACGCUUGAAAAGGGCACCUUCUCUUGGCUAGGGCGAUGCCACUACGAGGGUCAAUGGAAGAAUGGAAAGUAUCACGGUGGCGGCUACCACAUCGCCACAAACGGCGAUGAGUAUCUCGGAAGCUUCGAGAAGGGCCUCAAGCAUGGAUUUGGAAAGAUGAUCUAUGCUGAUACUGGUGACGUUUACGAGGGCGAGUGGCAGGAAGACAAGCAUCACGGUCGGGGCAGACUCACCGAGCUCUCCUCGGGGAAUGUGUUUGAGGGCGGCUGGCUUGAGGGCAAGAAGCACGGUUCGUUCACACUCAAGGGUACCGUCACGGAAGAAGACAAGAGCCGCUGCACCAUUUGCUACGACCAAGACAUGACCACCGCCUUCUACGACUGUGGCCAUGUCGUCGCUUGCCGCGAAUGCGCCGCUCGAAUCGAAAUUUGUCCGGUCUGUCGUCGUCGUGUUGCGGCGAGACUACAGCUGUACGGCGUGAAGAUCUCGUCGGGCUGA